AUGGGCAUUUCACUCUGUUAUGCUGGUGUCACCCCUGAGGAGACUAGGUUGUUGAUUCAGUCACCAUUGCGUGAUCAGAAAGUGAAGGCUGAGCAUCAGAGGCCAAUUGGAUUGUUGAAACCAUUGGAGAUCCCUAUGUGGAAAUGGGAGGACAUUACCAGGGAUUUUGUGGAUGUUUACCUUGAUCCCCUAGGGGGUAGUUGGGAAGAUCACUUGCCUUUGGCAGAGCUUGCUUAUAAUAACAGUUAUCAAGCUAUUAUUAAAAUGGCUCAAUAUGAAGCAUUGUAUGGCUGCAUGUGUAUUUCCCCACUUUGUUGGGAUGUCGUCGGUGAGAGGUCAUUGGUUGGUCCGGAUUGGGUACAACAGGCUCAUGAUAAGGUACGGGAGACCCGCCAGAACUUGUUGACCGCUCAGAAUCGUCAGAAGAGCUAUGUAGAUGUCAGACAGAGGGACUUAGAGUUCAUAGUUGGUGAUGAGUUUCUUCUCAAGGUGUCACCAACAAAAGGUGUUGUUCAUUUUGGCACUAGAGGAAUGCUCAGUCCAAGGUACAUUGGACCUUACAUGAUUACCGCUCGAGUUGGAGCCUUGGCUUAUCGUUUGCAGUUGCCUGAGUUGAUGAGUGGCGUGCACCCCGUAUUCGAUGUAUCGAUGCUGAGGAAGUAUCUAAAGGAUCCAGAACAUAAGAUUGAUGCUGAGCUAGUGAUUAUUCAACAAGACUUGACUAUGGAGUGUCACCCAGUGCGCAUAUUGGAUUUUUCUGAUCGCAUUAUGCGGAAUAGGACCAUCAAUUAUGUGAAGGUGCUAUGGACUAAUCAGACAGAGUGGGAAGCUACAUGGGAAAUGGAGGCGCAGAUGCGCGAGAAAUAUCCAGAGCUCUUUGAGCCUAGUAAGUAA